AAAGAUGAGUCGAAGAAGUCCAAAGCCCGAGAUGAAGCUGAAUCUUUCGCCGCCUACGUCAAGCAGGAGGAGGGUUGUUCGAUCUCCAAGCCGCUCUGCGACAACAUCACCUACGUCACCGCAAAGCUCGUGUGUCUCUUCGGAGAUGAACCAGGACGAUCAGUCUGUGAGGUACUCGACAAGUCCAGAGACAAGCUCGAUGGUUCUUGUCGGGUGUCCUCGUUGUCUCAUGUACGUUAUGCUCUCACAAGACGACCCUAAAUGCCCUAAAUGCAAAAGCACCGUUCUUCUUGAUUUCAACCAUGAAAACGCCUCAAACGCCAACGCUCCAGCCGCUUCUUCCUCUGGUCGCAAGACUCGGAGGAACUGAAAAGACCAGUAAAACCAAAAACCCAUGUCUUUUUUAUUUAGUUAUUUAUCCUUUUUAUCUUUGCGAAUGUAGCUGUUGUUUAUGAGAGUAGUGCUAAUCACGCUCCACUUUAUAAACUUGGAGAAGAAGGUACGUAAGAGAUGAAACUAGGGUUUUCAUACUCACAAAACUUCAAAUAAAAAAGGGUGGAGCGUGAAUAGCACUAUCUUUUCUUUUUCCUAUCUUUCCUUAACAUUUUUCUACCAUUUGAGGGUUAUCUAAUGGAAGAAGAAUCUAUCUGUACGUGAAAAUGUGUGUCAUUGUCUCCAUAUUCUACUCCUGAGUCUUAUAAAUCGUUUCAUCCAUCAAA